AUGCGAUACCUGACUCCACCACCUGUUGUGUUUACACAUGCUGCUGUGGCUGAGACUGCCAUGCCCAUCCUCUACAUAAAUUCCUUCAAGAAAGCCCCUCAGUGGGAUUUCGAUGAUGUUUAUAACCAGGAUGCUCCACCCAGACCCUGGACAUGUGCUGAGUCUCUGCGAAACUCUGAGGAUGAGAGCUUCAAAAAGGCUUUCCUUCCCAACAUACGUGUGUUUCUGCACAAGGACAACAUCAACAUGAGCGAGUGGAACCGGCUUUCACAUUUUAACAAUCCCUUUGGUUUUAUGCAGUUUCCCUAUGACGAGGUGAUGAGUGCUGUGAAGUUGAUCCCAAAGCCAAAAGAGCCACUGCUCCUUCCAAAGCCAGGCAGCGGCGGGUGUGUGCGUUGUGCUGUGGUGGGCACUGGGGGGAUCCUCAAGGGCUCCAAGAUGGGGAAAGAGAUCGAUGCUCACGACUACGUUUUCCGGAUGAACAGUGCUGUCACCAAAGGUUACGAGGAGGACGUGGGAAACAGAACUUCUGUGUAUGUUCACACAGCACACUCCAUCACAUCUUCGCUAAUAAUAUCCAGGAAGUACGGAUACAAAGGUGCCCCUCAUGAUGAGGGUAUAAAAUACGUGAUGAUACCUGAGGCGAGGAGGGAUUACAAUUGGCUCGUAGGUCUUCUGAGAGGAGAAAUGAUUACUAAUGGCUCAUAUAAAAACAAUAAGCCAAGGACGUACUACUCUGGGCAGUACAACGAGUCCCGCUUCUAUGUUCUGCACCAGGAUUUCCUCAGAUACAUCAAAAACAGGUUCUUAAAGUCUCGUUCUCUGAAUAGUUCACACUGGGCAAUAGUCAGACCAACCAACGGGGCAUUCACUGUCUUCCUGGCUCUGCAAACCUGUGACACUGUGAGUGCAUACGGAUUCAUGACUGAGGACUACAAGAAAUACAAUAACUACUACUAUCAGAAAGAUAAAACUCGUGUUGUUUUCUACGCCAAUCACGACUAUAUCCUGGAGAUGAAGACUUGGAAAAAACUACAUGACAGCAAAAUACUGAGGCUCUAUCAAGGACCGGACUCAGAAAAAGGGACAGAAAAGCCGAAGUAA